AUGGCCUCCACUUCAGCUCCCCUAGCCGAUUACUUCUGGAUCGCAGGCAUUGACUCCCUCUCGUACAGCGACCAGGUCUUCUCGCCCCAAAACCCCUGGGAGAAGAGCAAUGGCGCAGGUCCUUCUUCACCGCAGGUCGACACGACGAUAGAGGAAGGCAGUGAAGGAGAAACACCCGUAUCACCGCCGAGUGGGACGCCCCGAGCAACGGCGCGGCAUUCAAGGGACAAUUCGUGGAACAGGCUCAGCAAGCUGUCCAACGAUGUACGGACUUCGAUCCAGGGGCUUGACGAGCUCGAGAAGACCCAGAGCAACAGGAGCAGCAUUACGAUCAAGGCACCGACUACAACUGGUAACGGGGGAGGCACGCUGGGCGAUUUCGACUUCGACCAGGCGCUCAUGAAGUUUGCGAAUGAGAGGGAGUAUUUUCUGGACGAUCUGAGCUUUAGUGCUGGGGCUCCUGUACAGAAACCUCCCCCAAUGACGAAUCCGAGAACAGACCGGCUGAAGAAUGAGGAAGGGGUUAGUAAUGGAGCUGGACAAGCAAAGAGAAGUCCCUUGAGGAGCGUGGGAGGCAGCAUACGACGUCGGAUCAGUUUCAAGGACAUGAAUAGCAUGAAGAGACAACCUUCAAUGAUCCAGAGAACUACUUCCGUCCGAACUUCGAAACGACUGAGCAAUUACAACUCAGUAAUUCCGCAACCUGAACCCUUGAACGCAGACCCAGAAAUGCAUCCCCUAAAACGACGCUUCGAACCAGUAUUACUGGACAGAUAUCCACCGAAGCAUGCCACAGAAGAGUUGCAGAGGAGAGGAAAGUUUCCAGACUAUGUUCCUAUGUUUGCUUUCCCAAACGACAUCAACAUUGUGUCUGCAGAUGAGAGACCCCGGUCAACAUGGCAUGGAUUUGCUAUGACUUCGGAGGACAACUCGAGGAUAUAUGGCAUUACGGUUAUAGUAUGGAUGCCCCUGAAGCAAGAUGCUGCAGCAAAUGUUGAGAGGAGAUGUGAAGAAUGGAGACAAGCUCAUAUGACGAAUGAGGAGCGAGAACUUGCGGCAAGUUUAGGGGUGAGGUUAGCGUCUGAACGAGCAAAUCUUUCACAAUUACUGGCUAGACUACCAGGCGUUGCAUCAGGGUCUGCAGCCAGAGAGGCCUUGGAGGAGCAGAUCAGUACUGUGGAGGAAAAGAUUGGUUUAAUGACCGACAUGCUUCGGCCUGUACGGCAUGGCGCAGCAGCAAAAAUCGAUGGCUUGACAGAUGGCGAGACCGGAUUAUGGACACCAAGAGCUUACGGAAUUCUGGGCCGAGAUCCCAGUCUUACCAGCUUCUGGAAGGAAUGGCUGCGAGCAGUGGUCGUUCCAAUGAGUGAUGGAGGGGUACUGAGAGUUCCACCAAGUUCUCCAAAGGUGGGGCGAUGGCAGCCCUUGGAACGAUAUGUGGUCAAUCUCUGCACCGAAGCACUGAGUCCAAUCUCUUCCAAAACACAGGUUGAGCUGGCUGUCAGAGAAUUACGACUAUUUGCAAGGAAAGAGGCAGCGAAUGAGCUCCCGGAAUCUCGAAAUACCGACCUGUACGCUUUGUUCAGAGCUCUCAGCAUUCCAAAUAUUGUGUCGUUAUUUGAGUUUACCUUGUCUGAGUCGAGGAUCAUUCUAUUAUCAUCUCAUACCGCUAUGUUGCAUCUUGCAAGUAAAGCACUGGCUAGUCUGCUUUACCCGCUAAAGUGGGCAAGCAUUUUCAUCCCGGUGCUCCCUGCGAGGCUGAUCUCCGCACUUGAGGCGCCUUGUCCAUAUAUUGUUGGUAUCGAGAGGCGAUAUGAUCGGAUAGAGCUUCCGGAGGAUGAUUAUGUUCUGGUGGACCUGGAUCAGGAUAUUAUCGAGUCGCCUCUUGCGCCCACCCCUUUGCCUCGACAACAGCGUCGGAAACUUAUUGCACUGCUUCAACUAGCGGCCCCUCACCAUAACAGAUGCGGUGUUCCCGUUGGCCCACCACCUUAUGCAAUCGAGACCUUCCCGUACAAUGCAUUUUCGUCCGAGAACGAAGCCAUUUUUACCCAAAAUGCACCACAAAGCUCACUCGCAAAAUAUGUCAGCCAAAACUCGACUACCUUUGGCGAACCUGAUCCUGCAGCAGUGAAGAGACCUUCGGUUUUCAAUGCUUUCUUGCAAUCGAAAAACGAUCACAGCCGUGUUGAACGACCAUCAACAAGCAGAUCAAAUAAGACCAGUCCUCCAAGUUCAGUUUCGCCAGUCUCGGGCAACUUCCCAGCUCUACCCACGACCCCGAUUUCACGCAACGAUUCCGGAUUUGCUCUUACAGCUACGCUUAGAGAGAAGAGGUCAGGCCACUUCGAUACUAGUUCGAGACGCAGUGGCUCCUUCGGCCUGGAACGAGGUCCUACUCUUCGUCGUCCGAGCAUUCCCUUCAGUAACGGUCACUCCGCAAGCCUUUCUACCUCUGCGCUCUCGAUGGACUCCAAGUCUACCUACGGCUAUGCUCCUUCAACAUAUGCGGCAUCCACUCUUGCGGCCUCGACGAUCAUGCCGAAUAUGUUGAUGCAACCUGUACGAAAUACUGACACUACAGUUUGGGUGGAAGGACAUUGCUUCGUCUCACAGCCUAACAAUACCUCUUCAGUAUGCUCGAUCUGCGAUGAGAAGCCUGACUGCGAUGAAGCAUACAAAUGCACGAGCUGCAGCACCGUUUCCCACGGUCGUUGCUUAGGCCAAGUGUCUCUUGUCUGCCCUUCAGCGUUCCACGCAGAUCGUGUACGUGCAGCCUUCGUACGAUGCUUUGCAAGUCUAUUCUUCACGUAUAGGAAGUACUUGAAUCGACCAACCAGGGAGCAGAAGAGCAGUGGGCAAAUCUAUAGUUUCGACAUGAAUGGAUUCUUGAGAAGCUUGCCGCAAGAAUUGCAGGAGUACGCUACUAUGCUGAAGCAGACGCAAGCCUUCAACGAAUUCAUUCACGAGCGCGAAACCACGCCAUCCGAUAACCCAAGCAUCCAACUCUUCGACAGCGUCAUCCUAGCCAAGAAAUCUCGCGGCCGUACAUCAUUCUUCUCUAAAUCUACGAAGUCUGCUUCCUUCUUGGAAAACAGAUCAGAUCACUUAUGGAGAAGUGCCGCAGUACCGACACCGAGCGCGAAGUUCCCUGGCGAUUACAGGACUGUCGUAUCCAGAAUCCCAGCUCAGCUGGAUGUCUCGUUGAUGAAGGAGCCUAGAACCAUUGGUGGUGUACCGAGAGUUGAUAUGCCUGGGAAGAGAGUAGGAAGAAAGGCGGUCCCGAGUUUACUUGGUGGCGGUGGUGGACGAGGAGUCCCGGGCAUACACAUUGACUGA